AACUACGUCGAGUUCCGCACGGCUCCGAGCGAGACGUGGCACCCAUGCCACUUCUCGAGCGACGUGGUCCGCUCACUGCUGCGCACCCAAUUCCGAGACUAUGUCGAGGCCGUUCGAAAGGCCGACUGCGCCGCCGACCUCAAGCGCCGCAUCGGCAGUGGUCCGCCGAUCUGGGUCGCAGACAAGCACGCGAUGCCGCUUCCCGAGGGCGACACGCACGUCGAGAGGCUGUGGUUUGCGGGCGACGGGCAUGAGUACUGUGCCAAGCUCGCGGGCGCGCUGGAAGGGGAAGCCCGCCAAAAGCUGUGGGACGAGCUCGCGGCGUUUCUG